AUGGCUGCCCAUGGGAUGAAAGCACAUGCUCUGGUGCUGCUCAGGGAGGACAUUUGGAUUGUCUCAAAUAUGCCCACGAGAACGGCUGUCCAUGGGACCAAAGCACGUGCUCUGGUGCUGCUCAGGGAGGCCAUUUGGAUUGUGUCAAAUAUGCCCACGAGAAUGGCUGUCCAUGGGAUGAAGACACGUGGUAUUGUGCUUCUCUGGAAGGCCAUUUGGAUUGUCUCAAAUAUGCCCAUGAGAAUGGAUGCCCGUGGCAUGAAGACACCUGCUCGGUUGCUGCCUGCUUAG